UUACAAUUGCUCUCAUUUACACACUCUGAGAGGGAGACUAGGACUGGGACUGGGUCUGAUGCCAUAAGUGGAGCUGGUGAGAGACUGGCCUUCAAGUGUACAGCUGCAUUGUUGCUGCGUGUCAGGAGAGCCUUCAAUGGUGCCACUCCCUGCAGUGAUGAUGAAGAUUAUGAUGAUGGUGAUGAAGAAGAAGAAGAAGAAGAAGCAGCAGCAAAGAAGCUAGCUCCACAGCUCCGUUUCUGGGGUGGAUUCAUAGCCCACCCCACUGCAAGGACUUGUCAGCUGCUGCUUUUGCUGCAUUCAGCUCCAAGUUGACAGCAUGAGCAGCGUGGACUCAAUUGGUGGAUUGCAGUGUCAUUCCCCUCUUUUGCAUUAGAUGCUUGCAGCCCCUUCUCUUGCGUGGCUCCUUUUGCGCAUGGUGCAGCAGGGUACUAGGAUCACACGCUUCAGAGCUGUGGACCCUGUGAUAUUGGAAUGAGUUGUUGGCCUUUUCGUGUCAGAGGGUGGUAGAGUCAUCUGGAGCUGGAACACCGGGUGAGAGGAAGUGUGGCGUUUGGGAUUUCAGCUCCCGUGUGGAAGGACUUUCAACGGCAGCCGUGUUGAUUGUUGUGGGAAUUGGCAAUGGGGAGAUUGUUGGCGUUGGAGCUCCUCACCGCUGCUUUCCUGCUGGCGGCGGUGGCGGACGCUGAGCUGCGGUAUGGCUACUAUGAUUCGUUGGGGUGUGCGGGGGUGGAGGAUAGAGUGCGAACCUUGGUGCGGCGGAGCUUCCUUACAGAUGCUACUUCAAGUGCUGCAAUGCUCCGCCUUGCUUUUCAUGACUGUCAAGUCGGACCUGGAGGGUGCGAUGGCUCCAUCAUGAUGGAAGGCGAUGGCGGGGAAAUGGACGCUGGCAGUAACUUUGGAGUCAAGCGCCUGGAUAUCAUCAACUCCGUCAAAUCUGACAUGGAGGAUAUGUGCCCGUUGACGGUUUCCUGCGCAGACAUUAUCGCUAUGGCUGGACGGGACGCAGUUGCUUACAAUGGCGGCCCUGAAAUUCAAAUUCCUCUCGGCAGGAAGGAUGCUGAUUUCUCUAGUGCAACUGAAGCCGAAGCCAAACUCCCACCUGCUACCUCCAAUGUGGACAGAGUUCUCAAUGUUUUUGCCCCCUUCGGCAUGAGCAUAGCCGAGAGUGUUGCCAUUCUAGGUGCUCACACUCUCGGAGUAGGACACUGUAAAAACAUCCAAGAUCGUCUGCAGCUUAAUAGUCCAACUGCCCCAAACAGUGUCGUCUAUCGCACUCAACUCCGGGCAGCAUGUGCUGUAAAUGUGUUCGAUAUCGCAAUCCUCAACAAUGACGCCUCUCAGUUCACAUUCGACAACCAGUACUUCCAAGACAUUCAGAACGGACGCGGUCUCUUCACCGUCGACGACCAGCUUAGCACGGAUCCACGCACAGCCCCCAUCGUCACGCUCUACGCCUCUAACCAGGGAGCCUUCUUCUCUGCCUUCCAAUCAGCCUAUGUGAAGUUGACCUCACGAGCCAUGACAGGAAAUCAAGGCAGCGUGAGGAGCACUUGCACUCUCUAGGAAUUUACAUCUGCAGAAAUCACUUUCGACAUUGUCCCAAUUUACCUUUAAGUCAACUGGUGCUUUUGAUGAACAUGAUCUAAAUAAUCCUAGUCACAGAAGUAUUUGCACAUCUCCUGAUGAUGCCAGAUGAUUGGAGUGUUCAACUCCGUUGACGAUGAAACCCUGAAAACUCUGAGACGUAGAGAUUGGUCGAUUUUGUGAAAAACCAUGUGUGCGUUAACUCCUGGGCGCUGCUUUGGUGACGCAUGCGAGGCGGUCGAAGACUGGUAGUCAUUCCCUAAGAAACCUUGGCUUCUGAGAGUUCCUAGGGUGUGCAGCUGUGAUUCUGGAAAGGGAUUCAACCCUACAGAUGCGUACGAGUUUUCCUGCAUUUUAUUUUGAUAUUUUUUCCACAGAUCUUCCUGCUUGCGAUCUCUUGCACUCUACUUAAUUCUUGUAGACUAAGUGGUGAGUGCUCAAGUCAUUGUACCAAAUCUUUUUGAGAUUUCAAUAUUUUCGUUUGUUUUUCUCUGAUUGACGACAGAGUA